GCGAAAGAAAAACGGGAAUCCACCCAGAGACAAUUAGCGGAGAAAAAAGCGGAUAAAAGUUUGGAGUGUGUGAAAGUGCAGGCUGUGGAUGCGGAUGUGUGCGGAAUUACAAUUUAUUUUACUCCAUAAACAUGCAGAAGACGUUUUAAUGGUGUCUUUGGGCAGAAGUAGAGAAAAAACGUUUAGAAGCAGAAUAAAGAGAGAUUUUCGGAUAAAAGGCUUUAUGGAGGUUCUGUAAAGGGAAUAAAAGUGCACGAGAUGUGAUGAUGAUCCACACUGCAAUCUUCUGCCUUCCGGGAACGUUGGAUAUUUAGGAUAAAAAAACUUUAAUAAAGAUAUUAAGGUGGAUUAAAGUUGAUAAAAGUGCGAUUUUGUGCUGAUUUGGACUGAGGAUGAGCUCUGGGUGGGAGGAAGAAGAGCUGGACUUCAAACUGAUCUUCGAGGAGGAGCAACAACACCAGGACAGUAUGGUCUCCCACAGCCAACUGACCUCCACACUCAGCCAGCCAAUGGGAGUCCUUCCUUCCCCACCACCAUCCAAUCACAGGGCUGGCAUGCAUUCCCCGCCACCCAGGCGAGCAUUGGUGAGAGAGUUCAGCGGCACGUACGAGAGUCUCCCGGCUCGGUCUGUGCAGGUCUCAGAGUCUCGUGUUUUGGAGUGUCCUAGUAUUCAGAUCACCACCAUCUCUCCUGAUGAUGAUUUUACCCCAGAAGGUGGAACCUACUGGGAGAGAGACCGUCUCUACCUGCCCCUCCUGGACCCCUACUGUUACAGGGACAGCAGCAUGGGGGCAGGGUCUCUAAGCCCCAGUCCUGCCUCUAGCCCAUCUUCUCGUGGUUGGCUAAGCCCUGCAUCAAGCUGCGAUUCUCUUCUGGUGGAAGACGAGGAGCUUAGUGAAGCCACCACCCAAUUCUGCCUGUCUCCCUCAUCCCGACCCACCUCACCUGGGGGUAAAAAACGGAGAAACUCCCCCCUUCCUUCACCAAGCCACUCCCGCAGGGGCAGCUACUCCGAAGAUCAUGUCCAGUUCUUGGAUACAGGAGACUCCAUCCCCCUGUCUCAGGGCCAGAUUGAGCUCAGUAUCCCUCAGAAGACUAGAAAGACCUCACUUGAGCAGGUCUCCUCCCGAGAUGUGGAACUGGAGCAGAUUCCUGCCCCAAAUACCAACUGCCCCCCUGCAGACCUGGGGCAACUCAGGAGGGAGCCUCCCAUGCUGGGAAUGGACUACCUCUCUGUACCAAACACCCUCAGCUGGGGACGAACUCGUGCCAGUGCCCACAGCCCCAUAUUCAGGUCUAACGCGUUGCCGCCACUCGAUUGGCCGUUGCCAUGUCAGUUCGAUCAGUACGAGUUGCGAAUCGAUGUUCAGCCACGUCCUCACCAUCGCGCUCAUUAUGAGACAGAAGGAAGUCGAGGAGCUGUGAAGGCGUCACCAGGAGGACAUCCUGUAGUGAAGCUUGUAGGAUAUGCGGAGCGUCAGCCGCUGUCAUUACAGGUUUUUGUAGGAACCGCAGAUGACAGAUCGAUUCGCCCACAUCCGUUUUAUCAAAUACACAGAGUGACAGGUAAGAUGGUCGGCACAGCAAGUCAGGAAAGCAUGCAGGCUGGAACCAAACUACUGGAGAUCCCUUUAAACCCAGAGACCAACAUGACAGCACUUAUUGACUGUGCAGGGAUUUUGAAGUUGAGAAACUCAGAUAUUGAGCUGAGGAAAGGAGAGACGGACGUUGGGAGGAAGAACACUCGCGUGCGAUUGGUCUUUAGGACUCACUUGCCUUUAGCGCCACCUCUUGGUCCACCAGGACGAGUGUUAGCACUGCAGGUGGCCUCUCAGCCAAUCGAGUGCUCUCAGCGUUCAGCUCAGGAGUUACCCACAAUUGAGUCCAUCAGCAUCACUUCCUGUUUGGUGGACGGAGGGGCGGAGAUUCUGGUGAACGGCAGCAACUUCCUGCCUACAUCAAGAGUGUUGUUUAUGGAGAGAGGUUCAGAUGGUAAGCUCCACUGGGAGGAGGAGGCUCAUGUGGAUCGUGACAAAAGCACUGAGAAUGUGUUGUGUGUACGUGUACCAGCUUACAGUGAUGUGUGUGUGAGUCAGCCGGUGUGUGUGUGCCUGUAUGUGACCAAUGGCAAGCGCAAGAGGAGCAGCACACACUGCUUUAAAUACCUGCCCAUGCUGUGUAAAGAGGAAGACCCUAUGUUGACUCGUCCGUCACUCUUGCUGCUGGAUGGUGUGAUGCCAUUGUGUCCGCCCCCCCACACUCAUGAGUACUCUUACACUGCCCCAGGGGGAUAUCAUGAGGAGUUCUGCCCCCCAGCUGACACAUCAGAUGACAGGGGGCCAUUGAACGAGUGUGAUCCCUCGUUCCAGAGCCUGGAGCUGGGUUUCAGUGAGCUGCUCCCGCCGCUGUACCCACCCCACCCGUGGCCUGACUCGCCGUACCUGUCCUCAUCCCCAUCACCUUCUCACUCCUCGUCUAUCAGUCCGUUUCCUAGCAGCCCUGUCUCAACAUCCCCCCUCCCCCCUCCUCUCCAACCCCACGGCCCCCCAGCAUACCACCAGGAGAGUCACAUGACCUUCAGUGAUGCCCCACCCAUGCAGCACAUCACGCUGGAUGAAGUGAAUGAGUUCAUUGGUGAGGACAUCAGGAUGUUUCACACAGAAAGCAGACCUGCGUAACAUCGACACGCCGAGCUUGUUUACACCUACCAGUUUAUUUUAUACGGUCCCUUUGUAUUACAGUAUAUUUUGUACUAAUUCACAAUAAGUACGACAAUUGAAUCAGAAUUGAGUGGAAAAUAAAUGUUCUUUAAAUGAGUUGGUAAAUAAAUUAUC